AAAAUGGCAAAUGUCGCAGUUGACGCAAAAUAGGUUAUUAAUGUCAAUUUAUAAAAUAAUGUAAAUUUCCCUUACCUGACUCUGCACGAGUAUACCAUCCAUAUGUCGCAAGAUGAUUAUGAAACACUUCAUACAGAAAGUUUCACCAUACACCUACUUGCUGGAGCAAUGGCAGGCUUCAUGGAAUUUUGUGUAAUGUUUCCCAUAGAUACCAUAAAGACCAGAAUGCAGUCCUUAGAAUUUAGAGGUGAUAGAAACAUUCUCCAAUAUUUACGUACUAUGAUGAAAAAAGAGGGUACUUUCAGUCCAUUACGAGGUAUCACCCCUAUUGCUAUAGCAGCAGGCCCAGCUCAUGGUCUUUACUUCGCCAACUAUGAACUGGUUAAGAAAAAUCUAACAGUACUGGUAAAUAAUCCUCGGUACGACUUUAUUUGUCAUGGAAUAGCUGGAUCUUGCGCUACAUUAUUCCAUGAUUCAAUAAUGAAUCCCUCGGAAGUCGUCAAGCAACGUAUGCAGAUGAGAGGUUCAACGUGUAAGAAUACUUUUAGAUGUGUUGUGGACAUUUAUGGGAAUGAAGGAAUUAGAGCAUUUUACCGAUCGUUUUUCACUACAGUAAUGAUGAACGUGCCAUUUCAAAGCGUCCAUUUCGUGGUAUACGAGAUUUGUCAAAAUCUUUUAAAUCCGAAGAAAAUGUAUUCUCCAGCUAGUCAUGUAGUAAGUGGAGGAAUAGCUGGAGGUCUAGCUUCAGCUGUAACCAAUCCACUGGAUGUCUGCAAAACACUUUUAAACACACAAGAAGGCAAAAGAACGAUAGAAACUUUGAGUGAGGCUGCAAAAACGGUAUAUAAUAGAAGAGGAAUUGCAGGAUUCUUUGGAGGUGUUUAUCCGAGGGUUAUGUAUACGAUCCCAUCAACUGCUAUUUGCUGGUUUACGUAUGAGUCGUUUAAAUUUUUUCUGCGAAAUAGAUCUGAACACAAUAAACCUAAAGAUAAAUAAUAAAAAGUAAUACUAAAUGUU